UCGCGGAAACUAUUUGUUAUUAAUAAUAGAAAUAAUUGAAAUCGUGUAAAUUAGUUUAGAAAGUUGGAUAAAAUUAAGCAUGAACGAAAAGUGAAAAAAUCUUUUUAAGUACGAUAAUGCAAUGGAGUAGCGAUAUAAAUUUUUUAACGAUAUAUUUCAAUGAAUUAUGAUUAAAUGAUAUGAGAGAAAAUAUUAAUAGCGAAAUUCAAAUAAAAUUUGAAAAUUAUAUUGCAUAUGUUAAAUUUAGACUAUCGAUAGAUCGAUGUUUAACAUCCGCCAUUUUGCCGAUAGAUCGAUUGGUCAUUUAGCGUCUCUUAGAGUAAAUAAUAUGGUGGUGUUUUAGUAUAUUGUUUUAUAGGGAACAUUAUUUGUAAAUAUUUGUAGAUUCUAUGGAACAGCGGUAUAGUAUAAAUAAGAAUUUCAAAAUGAGAAAGUCUCCUCUAAGUACGCCAAGUGGCAGUAAAGAAAAACAGAGUUAUAAUUGGAAAUCAAAUGGCUAUAAAAAUAGGACAGGUUAUAGUUAUCAUAAAAGUGAUAGUUAUCAGUGUACUUCGUCAAAUAGUGGUCAAAGAUAUUCUGGAAAUGAUUUUAUUCCAUUAAAUAAUAGUACACCAAUACCAGAAUAUAAAAAGUUCAAUAAUAAUUGGCAUGGUUCUGGAGGUCAUAAUCAUCGUAAUUCAGGUAGUGGUGGAUUCAACCAUUACAGGAACAAUUAUCAUUCAACCCCAAAGUUAAAUUUCAAUAAUUCAUACUCUCCUUAUAAGCUCUCUGGUAAACAACUCUUCUAUGGUCAAAAAAAGAGUUUCCAAAAUGAUAAGCAUAGACAGAGCGACAUAUCAUGUUAUAUAGAUAUGAAAUCUUUUUUGGAAGAUCCUUGGGCAGAAUUAACAAAGAAGUUAACGAAAGAUAAAGAAACAAAUGGGAAUGAAUCACCUAAAGUUGAAUUGUCAUCAUCGUCGCAAUUAGCUUAUGUAGAUACUGAAUCGUAUUCUGAAUCUAAAUCUAUAUUAAGCAUUGACAAUUCUUGCUUUAGCCCAGAAUCCAAGAGUAAAUCUUCUAUAGAUGCAAAAUUGGGAUUGGAUGAUACAGAUAUUAGUAAUGUAUCAAGAACAGGGAGUUCAAUAGAUUUAAAACUUGACAGUGUUAGAUUUAGUCAAGAAUCAAAAAAUGACAGCGUUUGCAAUAAUAAUGAUGAUAGUGUUAAUGAAGGCAUUCUCAAUGAAAAUAAUGUUAAUAAUAUUAAUGAUAUUUGUUCAUCGAAGAUAAAUAUUAGUCAAGAUCUCAAAUAACAGUGACAAAGAAUAAAAUGCGCUUAAGAGGAAUAAUAAUUCUUUGGUUUGGUGCAUGAUACAUUUCAUAUUGUACAUAUGGAUGUAUAAUAUAACAAUUCAAUUAUAUAUAGAUAUUAUCUAAAUCUAUGAAACGUCAGUUUCAGAUUUUUUGAAUAAUAUUCUAGUAUAUAGUUAAAAAAAAAGAAGAAAUUAACGUUUUAGUAAUGUGAACUCUUUUUCCGGUUUGAAAAUAGGUCUAUCGCAGAAGCAUAUCUAUAUGCAAAAUACAAUGUAUUGAAAUUAUCUUUUAAAUUAUAUUUUCACAAAAAGGCUGUGAAAAAAAGAAUGAAUGUAGUUUAUGUGAAAAAAAAAUUAUACAUGUGCAAUUCUUUAGUGUAUACUAAAAAGGAAGUACAUAUGGGACAUGAGGGAACAUUAAACACCAAUUUCUCAGUAAUAGAUUAAGUCAGGAAGAACAUUCGAAGACAUAGCGAACAAGCUAGAGUAUGAAUUAGACUUGAUUGAUUUUAAAUUUACCAAAUCUAAGCAAUUAGUAAUUAUGUAAAAGAAUGCUUGCAUCGCUGAACAUUUUUGGAUGACGACUAUCAAUCGAUUUGAAUUUGUUGAGCCACAUAUAUGUCUAUUAGCACUUCUUCUCACAACAAAACCGAAAUAUAAAAAGGAUUAAGGAUGUUGUAACAUGCAUGUAGUAACUGCAGUGCAUUAUACAGAAAUGUAGAAAUAAAUAACCAUAAAUCAUGUGCAGACAUAUAUGACAGUGAUCUUAAAUCUUUAGUUAUGUCAAUAUAUGACAUAUAUGACAUUGAUCUUAAAUCUUUAGUUAUGUCAAUAUAUGACAUAUAUGACAUUGAUCUUAAAUCUUUAGUUAUGUCAAUAACAAUGAGUUUAUACAUAUUGUAUUAUUUUUAAUUUAAAACAUAAUCAGUCAUUUAUUUUUGUUAAAAUUCUUUAAGUAGCAAAUUAACAUACACUUUAAUUGCAUUUUGGAUUAAAGAGAACCUACUAACAUGAGAUAUAAAAAUAUGUAUAAAAUUAAAACAAUGAAGUGAUAGGGUAUUAAAUUUGUACAAUUGUUAUCAUACAAAAAGAAAAAUACACAAAAAAUUGCUUAUUUCUGUACUUUAUACAUUUUUAUAGCAUGUUUUAACGAGCAAUGAAGCAUAGAAGGUGACAAAGGUGUCCUAUAUGUUUGAUUAACAUGCUAACAUAAUGUACAAAUGAUGAUCUGGUACAAAAAUUUACAUAAUUUAAGAAAUUCCUGUUUAUUUCUCCAAAUUGUGAUUUUACAUGAUUGUGCAAAGGAGGUAAUUGAUGUCAAACAGAUUAAUUGUAUGAAUAAUCUGUAUAAGAGAAAAUUGUACAUAAAUAUACUUAAAUUAUAUAAAUAA